AUGCAAGCGUUGACCGAAGGCUUGCCUUUGCUAUCCGAGAUCGCAGGCCAGGGCGAUAGAGCACCGAUUGCUGCUGCAGAAGAUUUUCUUGUCACCAAAACGGUUCUGCCCAUGGCCGAGCCCGUUGCUCACAUCGACCCAACUGGGGAGCUUCUCUUGAGCUUUGAGGCGGGCCACGAGGCGCCAGUAACGCACAUCGCGACCUCUCCGACGCACGAGGAGCACUUGCUAGCCACAGGAGAUGCCAGAGAUGGGAGAGAUGGGAGCUUGAGUGCGUUGGCCAUUUCCAACCACAAAAGCACCCGGGAGAUCAUUGCAGGUGACUCCAUGGGGCGAAUUAGUGUCUUCGCAAAGAAUGGGACCUUGAAGAACCAGGUUGAUGCAACCGCCAUGGAGGGUCCGGGUGUGGAAGGCCUGCACUCCUUCCAUUCGCAAGUGAUCUUUCGAGCCGGGAUGGAGUGGGGAUACGUGAACCUCGACAAAGCCGAAGUGAAGCACAUCGACUGCCCCAAGUUCGAGGCGGCCAGCAUGGGCCUUUGUGGGGCUGGGCGAGUGGCUGCGAUCACCGUUGACAGCCAGCAGCUGUCCAAAGUACUGCUAUCGGACGAAAGUGGUGCUGUUUGGGUUUUCAACGUGAAAAACCGGAAGGACUGUGAGUUCGAGAAAAAGUUCCCGUAUGCCACAGACUACAAGGUGCCUUUGGAGCUGGCAGCCAUUCGCGGAUUUGUGAUUGGCCUGCAGAAAUCGACGCCCUCAGAGUUGCCAACAUCAUCGCUGCUGGCACUGAACUUGAGCCAACACGUUGGUCGAAGACGUCCUGGAGAGUUAGGCCCAGGUGGUCAUGUGAUCUGGCGACGGCCAAGACUACCUAUCCGGGACUGGAGCGUGCAAAGAAAGCAGCAUGGAGAUGUAGUAGCUCUUCUUUCAGAAGACGGGCGCGAAGUGGAGAUUUUGGAGAUUUUGAUGCAGGUCUACACGCCGCCUUCAACCAGCGACCCCUUCUCCAACUUCAAGCUGCCGGUGAUGGCUUGUGCAGUGGUGCUUCUGCUAGGCUAUCAGUUCAUGAAGCAGAAGGGCAAAGGAGGCUCAGGCGGUGGCCUUCCCGGCCUUGGUGGGGGACGUGGAAAGUUUGGAAAGAGCGACUUUGCCAGUCUGCUCAACAAGAAGAAGAUGGGAGGCUUGAAGGGCAAGAGGCUGGAAUGGCUGGAACCGGGCGGGCACCACAACCCACAGGACGUUCAAAGUCAUAGUGCAAUGCACUGGACCUUUGCCACCUCAUCUGCGAGCUUUGCAGGUCUAAGCAGGUCUAAACUCAAAAACGGUCGAUCACACCCCGCAACACGGAGCUUGCUUGUCCUGUCAGAGUCGCCGUUGAUCGGAGGCCUUGAGGCAGCGGAGUUCGGAGCCGGUGCGGCGGCGUCUGAGUGCCCGCCACAAGUGCAAAGCAGUACCAUGCUUCAUGAUGAACUCCCUUCCGAUUCCUACGGUUGCAACAACUAUGCUCGUGCUUUGUUCUUACGGCAACCAUGA